UAAGAGUACUUUAAAGUGAACCCUAGUUAUUUAUUUCAUAUUUCUGAUGGCCAGAAAGCUUUUUCUCAACUACUUCACGAACUACUGGAUAUCAACACUGGCAAUUGCAUCAUCAUUUCCUUCAGCAAUAACUAGCAAUACCAUAAAUGCCUUCGCCACAAGUACCAACAAUUUCUCAAACGAAACCUUACCGACUGAUAAGGAAUCAACCUUCGUGAACCAAAUACAUACCUCGUUAGAAAUCAACAACACCGUCACAAAUCAUAACGAAAGCAUUUCGAAAGACCAUGCUCAAAAAAUCAGGAAUGGUAAACAAUUUUUCAUCGGAAACAUCCGAGAGCAGAAUUUUCCGGAGAAACUUUCACAAAACGGGCGUUGGAAGGAAGAAGAUCAUUCGCUGGAUGGUCCAAGGCAAAGAGAAAUCGAUGAUGCUGCGGAUAUGGGCUUGAAUAGCAUGAAAGAAUUGCUAGAGGUCAAAGAACCAUUGUGGUAUAGACUAGGGCUCACCCUGGAUAGGAAUGAUCCGUCGACUCAUGUUGCAAACUUUGGAAAACCCAAUCGAAAGGCCUUGGGAUUAUCCCGUUUCGGUUUUGCAGCGCAAGAAGCCACUAGGAGGAUUUCUUCAACUUUUCCAGAAAAUGUAAAAAAUGCUGUAUUCAGACAAGCGCUCCAGUCUAGACUCCUCCAAGAAGACUGUCCCCUCAGAGGAAGACCAAGAUGUCCCCCGUCCACCAAAUUCUUCCGCACCCCUGAUGGUACCUGCAACAAUGCAGCUCACCCAUGGUGGGGAGCUUCCUUACUACCAAUGGAGAGAUUUCUUCUCCCUAGAUAUGACGAUGGAAUCCAAGAAGUACGAAGAUCAAAGUCUGGAAACAAACUGCCAUCAGCAAGAGACAUCAGUGUAAAUAUUCAUAGGGAUAAGAAUGUGGAGCUUCCGACAGUGACACUUAUGUUCAUGCAAUGGGGACAAUUUAUUGACCACGAUGUAGUGUCGACUGUGAAAACUAGAAGCUUCAAUGGGUCCAUUCCAAGGUGCUGUGACAGAUCAGGCCAGAGUCCGUUGCCAUCAGAAAUUCUGCAUCCUUCAUGUUUACCUAUUGAGGUGUCAAGAGAUGAUUGGCUCUUAGGCAGAUUUGGUGUGGGAUGCCUAGAGUUUACGAGGAGUGCACCAGCUACAAGAAUUGACUGCGAUUUAGGAUGGAGGGAACAAAUGAACCAAGUUACUUCUUAUCUCGACGCGUCUACUAUUUACGGAUCAGAUUUGGAAACUACAGAUGCCAUUAGAACAUUCAGAAAUGGAAAGCUACAAUAUGGACGUCCCCUUGGAAACGGUCCUCUAAACCCUCCCGAUCCCCCAGGAGGUGAGCUCUGCAGAUCGGGAGCUCUCUCUACAGAGUGUUUGGAAGGCGGUGAUGGCAGAUUUGGCGAACAAUCAGGCCUCGUGGCUUUACAUACGGUUUGGGUUAGGUAUCACAACAAAUUGGCAACUACAUUGGGAAAAAUGAACAAACAUUGGAAUGAUGAAAGGAUAUUUCAAGAGACUAGAAAAAUAGUUGGAGCACUGAUACAACAUAUAACUUUCAGGGAAUUUCUUCCGAUUGUCGUGGGUCCAGAAGUAAUGGAUUCCUUCGAGCUCAAUUUGAAUCGUAAAGGAUUUUACAACGGAUACGAUGAAAGGGUGAAUCCCUCAAUAGCCAAUUCUUUUGGAACUGCAGCUUUUCGUUUCGGCCAUAGCUUAGUGCAGAACUCUUAUGUAAGAUUCGAUGGACAGCACCGACCACUAUUCAACAAUGUAAGUUUACACCAGGAGCAGGAAAAUCCAGAGAAUAUAUGGAGUCUAGGUUCGAUCGAUCGGCUACUUCUUGGAUUUGUAAAUCAGCCAUCUCAAAGAAGGGAUGAAUUCAUAUGUGAAGAACUGACAACAAACCUAUUUCGCUCACCAAAUUCACCGUUUGGUGUGGAUCUAGCUGCCAUCAACAUCCAAAGAGGAAGGGACCACGGUAUACCGCCCUACACGUCAUGGCGUAAACCUUGUGGACUUUCCGAAAUAAAAGACUGGACCGAUUUGCAGAAUGUCCUCAGUAUUGACACAGCGCUUAGGCUUAGGUCUCUAUACGACCACGUAGACGACGUAGAUUUGUUUACUGCUGGCCUUGCUGAGAAACCUGUACGCGGAGGUAUCGUCGGACCUACCUUCGCAUGCAUCAUAGCUCAACAGUUCUCCAAUCUGCGAAAAGGGGACAAAUUCUGGUACGAGAAUCCCGGUUUUCACUCUUCCUUCACCGUCGACCAACUCCACCAGAUUCGCAGGAUAACACUUUCAGAAAUCUUAUGUCAAACAAUGGGAGAAUUUGAAACAGUCCAACCCUUCGUUUUCCUAUCAUCGGAUAGCUUCAGAAACGUGAGGACGUCCUGUGGUAGUCCACUCAUGAACAAGUUCGACCUUGAACCGUGGACAGAAGACCUUGAACCGAUACACGACUCGAAUGACAACGACAAUACGGACCGAUUAGACGACAAUGAACUUCAACGCAACAGGGACAUAAAAGAUUUGUUCGAUUUCGGGGAAGAGUUCAGGAAACAACGGGAGGUUUGGGAGGCAAGGAAACGGAAGAGGGUUACCACAACCAAGAGACCAACUACGAAAAGACGAACUGCGACCAAACCGACUGUCAGACCAGACUUGAAGAUACCAAUAUCGAACGUGACAGUCCAUUCUAUGCCUGUUCAGAAAUAUAACGGUUAUUACGAGAAUUUUGAUGAAAUGCCAAGUCCGGAAUUCUCUCAAUACCAAGCUCAACGUUACACCACAAAGAAAUAUUACCCGAUACGUGACAAAAAUGACUAUACGUACCUCUUUGGGAGGGUAUCCUCAACCACGCCUAUUCCUAGAACACCCCCUCCUAGAAAAAGUCAAACUCCUCUUGAAGUCAACAUAAAAAUACAGUAUUACCCGCCUAACCCAACUAAACCACCAAAACGAAAACAGCAAACCGUAUACGCUAGGCCGCAAAAUAGUAAUGGGUAUGGUAAUGGUUACAGCAACGGUAACAUACAAAGACACUCUACUAAAAGACCUUCUCAAGCUCAACAAAGACCAUACUCUCUGAAUCUUCCUGACGAUGACGAUUUUCCUAUUAACAGACCGAACAGAAAACCAAGUCAAAGUAUAGGAUACAGUUUAAACGGACAAACCUACGUACUACAACCUAUUAAAUUGCAAAGCAGACCUCAUAACUCCGCUGAAGAAAACGACUACCUAACUGACGGGCAAACUGAGACUUUAGUGGGAUAUUAUUACAAAAAACCUUCAAUCGAACAGGUUGAGGCCACCUCCCGCAGACCUUCAAUUGACGUUGACUUUUACAGCUUCGACGAGAAUGACUCUUACGAAACAGAUGACGAAGUAAAAUACGAUGAAGAUGACAAUAAUUAUUACGAUAGCUCAGUGGCGACUGACAAUGAACAGACAGACGUCGAUGACAGGUACAAGGACGAUAUCGAUAGACAUUACAAAACUAAACAAACUGACAAACACCCUGACCAAGAAGGAAAUGGUCCUUAUUCAAUUGCUUACAUUGAAAGACUAAACACGAAUGAUCACGAUGACAGACUGGACUUCAGAUCAAGACUUGUAUACAAGAAACGUUUUCGAAAACCUACCAGGGAGAGUGAUAGUGAUUCUGAAGGGGAAAAUUCCCAAUCCUCGAAAGAUCAGGAUGAAGACAUUGAAGUGGAAGGUCGUGAAGAAAAAACUCUGGAUGAAGCUGGUGCUUACACGAGUAGGACAAAAGUGGAUGGCUUAGAAUAUGAAAAGAUAAGAUUAGUCAAUAUCGAUUUGGUAAAGGAAAAGAACUCAUUCAAAACGAGGUCAUUGAAGCAAGAGGGUUUGACGAGAUGGAAACCUUACAACAAGAGUGCAUCCCACGAAGAGUACGACCUCGUUAUGCCUGAUUUGAAUCAGAAUAUGCACAUAUCUGAUGAAACACCUAAAAGAUUUCUGGUGGAGAGAAAUCAUGGGAACUCUUGAAUAUUGUUUUUCGGAAUGAAUAGUUACAUGAAAAUUCAACGUGCAAUAUUUUUGUUUCUUCUCUUUUCGCUAUUAGUUUUUCCACUUGACACUUUAAUUUUUCCUUGAAACUAUUCUUCUAAUUCGAAAUAAUAUAUCAGGGCUUCUUUUUACAUUUUAACUACUUCUAAAAACUACCAACGAUACCAAUGUAAAGGACAAAAACA